CCGAAAAAACCACAGGAAAAAAAGGAAAAGUCAAACAGAGCCGCCGGCCUUGGAAAGUUGUCACAAAAACCGCAAUCAAAAAUAGUAAACAAACUCGGGGAAUUCGAUAAAAAUCAACAAGGGAAGACGACGCCGUUAAGUAGGCAACAAACCAGCUGCUGGCCAACAUGGAAAUGGACGUUAAUCGCCCGACUGCCCGCCAUGGCAACCUAAUGACCAUUUCCGCCCGCUGCUCUAACAACAACUCGGGCCCGGCCAUGACAGGAAACGGAGCCAUAACCGGAUGUGAGACGAGUUCCGGUGCGUCGCCGCCCAGCGGCUGCUGCGGCAUCUUGAGCCGCCUCUUUUGCGUGAGUCGCCACAAGGCCACACAGUCGGUGGCAGGCAGUGACUUGCCCCUGGCCCAGCUGCAACUGCAACAGCAGCAACACCAGCAGCAGCAGCGCAAAGGUGCAACAUCCGGCUGUGCUGCGGUUUCCGGACAGCGACGGCGUCGCACGCCACAGGAAAUCUACUUCGAAAGUCGCGGCAAGUCCUGCAAGAAGCUAUUGAAAUUCAAUGGUAAUUCAAACAAGAUAUUGCUGUAUCCGGAGGAGGGCUGGGCGCGAACCGCCUCGUCCAGUUAUUGGACCAUCACACCCUGCUGGUGGCAACCGAAUCGCUGUCGCAUCGUCGAGUGCUCCGGCACCCAGCGGCGUGCAACGAAGGCCCGGAUGCUACCGCUGGAGCAACAGGGCUCGCUACUGAUUGCCGGACACUUUCGUCGGACAACGCCGGCUCCGGGAGCUGGUACAGGGGCAGCGGGAGCAGCGGGAGCGGGUUCUAGAACCCUGGCUGCACCAACGCCCACGACGCCGGCGACACCUGCAACAACGGCCGCAGCCGCAGCUGCUGCAAUCCGGAUGCGAGCAAUGGGCGGUGGCUGUGACAAGUCCCUGGCGGCCGCAUGGAACGACGAGUUCAAGCUGUAUCUGACAUCAAACAUCUCGAUGGAGGACUACAACAUGGGCUACUGCCUCACCGGGUUCGUGGAGCGUCGCUGCCAGGUGACAAACACCUUUCAGAUGACCCACUUUGCCGUCAUCAAGCGGCAGUGGCCACCGUCGCCGUCCAAUCUGAGUAACUCCUAAGGCUCUCCUCCUCCUCCCCUAACGACCCAACUUUUGUAAAUGUGAUCCGAUCUAUUCAAAUUGAAA